UUCAAGAAUUUGCAGGUGACAUACAUGUAUUGAAACUUUUAAAAUGGUUAUGAGAAGACGUAUUAUAUUUUAAUGAUGAAAUUUCACUUCGUUAUUGCUGUGAUGUUGAUCGUCAUGAAGGAUAUCAGAAUAGAUUCAUUAACAGUUUCUGUAAAAUCUGAUAACCUUAUAAUCUAUGGGACGUCAGUAGAACUCCAGUGUCUGUCUGAUAAUACAUCGUCUCAGUCGUCAUGGUACUGGUUUUCUGAAAAUAAUUUACUUUUCAUAGAUGGUCAUGGUGAACAGAAUAUUAAUAAAUCAAAGUUUAUAGAACAACAAAUUAAUGACGUCACAAGACAGUUGACUAUUUUACAUUUUGCCGAGACAGAUUUUAAGAUGUAUAAAUGCAAACACGAUUUGAAAUCAGCUUCUAUCGACUUAACAUUACAGCGUUAUAGAUUAACAUAUUUGAAUAAUUCAUCAAAGCUACAAAUUCGACUAGAGAGACAGGGAUACGAUGAUCAAAUUGUGAUUUCCUUUAUGAAUACUUCAUCAACUCCUAGCUGUUACUACCAGUCGCUUAAUGCAACUGUGAGUAUCACUCAAUGUAAAUCAACAGAAAGUGGUUUUCUACUUAAUGGGAUGUGUCAGAUUGUGAUGAACAAAUCAAAGACAUGUGAAAGUCAAAAAAGCAACGUGGAAGUAAUGUGUUAUUUAGGAAAUAAACUUAGCAAGACAUUCGAGUUUUCAGCGUGUCAUAUACAAAAUGUUGCAGUUGUACAAGAAAUUGCUCUGAUAUCAGCUGUUUGUUCUGUCUUAGGUGUCAGCAUGCUAAUUUUUAUUUUUAUUAUCAUCUAUAAAAAGAAACUUUCAAAAGGACGAGAUGAAGAUCCAUGCAAGAAUUGUCAGAAGGACUCGGGUUAUAGUACUGACGUGACGAGUAAAUUUUUACAAAACGAACCAGAAUAAAGUAAUA